CAACAAAGAACAGCAACGUCGAAAUCGACAGACGGCUUGCGAUGAGCGACCCAGCAUGCGACAAAAAAGUCACUACUCCUCCUGUGACCCUUCGUUCACCUCUCACACCCCCUCCAACAGACAAGGACGCGCCUGACACGACUUCCAUUCGGCGGCAAAUCGCGCAACACAGGUUGUGUCACCCGACUCAGACAAUACACAACGUCGACAAGAAACUGUGGGAUGACUUGCAACCGCUGCUAGAAUACCAUAAGACACAUUGUGAUUAUUACCCCUCGACCGAGACCCUUGUUUUGCGAAUGCACACCGACGUGCAUGAGUAUUUCUCAAGAUAUCUUUCACAGCGUAUCAUUGAGAAGCUGCAUGUAAUCUCUCUUGAGUCUGGGUCUCUUGAGUCUGGGUCUCUUGAGUCUGGGUCUCUUGAGUCUGGGUCUCUUGAGUCUGGGUCUCUUGAGUCUGGGUCUCUUGAGUCUCUGUCUCUUGAGCCUGGGUCAGCAGCGGAUUUUGUGAAGGGCAUCAAAGACCUUGGGUCUGCAACAAUAUACCCUGAAGAUCCGGAGUUCGGGACCCACGAUCCUGACGGUUCUUUCCACCACGUCGAAUCGCCUUACCCCACGGUUAUCCUUGAGAUAGCUCAUUCACAGAAAGGGAAGGAAUUACGAGUCCUUGCAGAUGAAUACCUUCUCGGAUCUGAUCUCGAGAUCCGGGUUGUAGUAGGAGUUGACAUUGAGUACAAGAAAAGCAAAAGGGCCACGUUCUCCGUCUUCCGGGCAGAAGAGCAGGGUCCAGACAAUGACAAGGUGUGGCGUGUCAAAAGUACAGUGGCGAAUGAAGUAUUCCGGACCGAUGAUGGUAAACGAAAUAUCGACAAGACCUCGGGAUUACGUCUACACCUAGAAGACUUUGCAGACCAGGAAACGUGCCGACGGUUCAAGGACUUGGACAGAGACAUUUUCGUGUCUUGUGACGAGCUAUACCAAUGUCUUCGUGAAGCGGAAGUUCUUACGAAGAAAUGGGCUAGAAAAAAAGCGGCACGUAAAGAAACUGCACACAACCCGCGGCCAAAGAAGCGCCGUCGAACAGAGACACCCGAAGAGCAACUUGACGACCGCGACGAGGCUGCUUUUGUUAAGGACGAAGAACGUGUCUCUAAGCGUCAGGAAUUGGAUGAUUCUUCCUACAAAGAAAGCUCUUCGGAUUGCAUUUGAACAUUCGAAGACCGAGCUUCAGAUACCGAUCAUAGUUAUCUUUCAUGGUACCAAAGCAUGAGUACUGUGCAUUAGGAUAGUUGAUAGAAAGCUCAUUCGUUUGUUCCAUACACCCG